AUGGAUUUAACCUUGGCAAUGAUCCUCCUAUUCCAGAUGAUUGUUGGAAUACUAGGGAAUUUCUCACUCAUGAUUCAUCAGACUGUCCUUCACUUCUUUGGCUGCAAUUCAAGGCCCACCGACUUGAUUCUCAGGCACCUGGUUGUAGCCAACGCUUUAGCCAUUCUCUCUAAAGGGGUCCCCCAGAUAAUGCUGGCUUUGGGUUUAACACAUCACCUCAAUGAUGUUGGUUGCAACCUUUUUUUAUACUUUGAGAGAGUGGCCAGGGGUGUGUCCAUUUUCACCACCUGCCUCUUGAGUGUAUUCCAGGUCAUCACCAUCAGCCCUCUGCACUCCAGGUGGGCAGGGCUUAAACUAAAGGCCCUAAAGUACGUUGGUCCUUCCAGCAUUCUCUGCUGGAUACUACACAUGCUGGUCAAUGCCAUUUUUCCUGUUUAUGUCUCUAGCAAAUGGACCAACACCACCGCCAUCAUCAUAAAGAAGAAUGUGUUCAAAUACUGUUCCAAACACUAUGACAAUGUCACGUGUUCGCUCUAUGUAGCACUGAUAUACUCUCAUGAUGUUUUGUGUUUGGGAUUCAUGUCCCUGGCCAGUGGCUCUAUGGUUUUUAUCCUGUGCAGACACAAGCAACGAGUCCAGCAUAUUUAUAAUAACAACAUGACCUCCAAAUGCUCUGUUGAGACCAGAGCCACCGAAAGUAUCCUUACCCUGGAGAUCAUUUAUGCAUCAUCUUAUACCUUCUCUACUAUGGCUUAUUCUUAUUUGCCUCUUACUGGUAGUUCCGCUCAGUGGUUGAUGAGCACAUCGGCUUUUAUCUUGAUGUUUUUCCCAACUGUCAGCCCCUUUGUUCGCAUCAGCAGUGACUCCCGUGUAUCUAGAUUCUUUGCUGUCUGCUAUAGCUCUAACACAUGA